GCCGCCCGCCCCGGGGUCCCCCACGCACCAGGAGCCGAGAGCGCGAGCGAGCGGGACCCCACCCCGUGCCGCCGCCGCCGCCAUGGAGCUCAUCACGAUCCUGGAGAAGACGGUCUCGCCGGACCGCUCCGAGCUGGAGGCGGCGCAGAAGUUCCUGGAGCAGGCGGCGAUCGAGAACCUGCCCACUUUCCUUGUGGAACUGUCCAGAGUGCUGGCAAAUCCAGGGAACAGCCAGGUUGCCAGAGUUGCAGCUGGUUUACAGAUCAAGAACUCUUUGACGUCUAAGGACCCAGAUAUCAAGGCCCAGUACCAACAGAGAUGGCUUGCAAUCGAUGCCAAUGCCCGCAGGGAAGUCAAGAACUAUGUUUUGCAGACAUUGGGUACGGAAACAUACAGGCCCAGCUCAGCCUCACAGUGUGUGGCUGGCAUUGCCUGUGCCGAGAUUCCCAUGAACCAGUGGCCUGAACUCAUUCCUCAGCUGGUAGCUAAUGUUACAAAUCAACACAGCACUGAGCACAUGAAAGAGUCAACGUUGGAGGCAAUUGGUUACAUCUGUCAGGAUAUUGAUCCAGAGCAGCUUCAGGACAAAUCCAAUGAAAUUCUCACAGCCAUUAUCCAAGGGAUGCGAAAGGAGGAACCCAGUAACAAUGUGAAGCUAGCAGCUACUAAUGCACUCUUGAACUCUUUGGAAUUCACCAAAGCAAACUUUGACAAAGAGUCUGAAAGGCACUUUAUUAUGCAAGUAGUCUGUGAAGCAACGCAAUGUCCAGAUACAAGGGUACGAGUGGCUGCCUUACAGAACUUGGUGAAGAUAAUGUCCCUUUAUUAUCAGUAUAUGGAAACAUAUAUGGGUCCUGCUCUUUUUGCCAUCACAAUCGAAGCAAUGAAAAGUGACAUUGACGAGGUGGCUCUGCAGGGAAUAGAAUUCUGGUCAAACGUCUGUGAUGAGGAAAUGGAUCUGGCUAUUGAAGCAUCUGAGGCAGCAGAACAAGGAAGGCCUCCAGAGCACACUAGCAAAUUUUAUGCUAAGGGAGCACUACAGUAUCUGGUCCCAAUUCUCACACAGACACUAACUAAACAGGAUGAAAACGAUGACGACGACGACUGGAAUCCCUGCAAAGCAGCUGGCGUUUGCCUCAUGCUUCUGGCAACCUGCUGUGAAGAUGACAUUGUUCCUCAUGUGCUGCCCUUCAUUAAAGAACACAUUAAAAACCCAGAUUGGCGAUACAGAGAUGCAGCUGUCAUGGCUUUUGGGUGUAUUUUGGAAGGGCCAGAGCCCAACCAGCUCAAACCACUAGUUAUUCAGGCCAUGCCCACUCUAAUAGAACUAAUGAAAGAUCCUAGUGUGGUGGUUCGAGAUACGACUGCAUGGACUGUGGGCAGGAUCUGCGAGCUGCUCCCUGAAGCUGCCAUCAAUGACAUUUACCUCGCUCCGCUGUUGCAGUGUCUCAUUGAGGGCCUGAGUGCCGAGCCCAGAGUGGCUUCCAAUGUGUGCUGGGCCUUCUCUAGUCUGGCUGAAGCUGCCUAUGAAGCAGCAGAUGUAGCAGAUGAUCAAGAAGAGCCAGCAACCUACUGUUUAUCCUCCUCGUUUGAGCUAAUAGUUCAGAAACUCCUGGAGACCACAGACAGGCCGGAUGGACACCAGAAUAACCUGCGGAGUGCUGCAUAUGAAGCUCUGAUGGAAAUAGUGAAAAACAGUGCCAAGGACUGUUACCCUGCUGUCCAGAAGACGACUUUGGUCAUUAUGGAGCGGCUGCAGCAAGUGCUGCAGAUGGAGUCCCAUAUCCAGAGCACAUCAGACAGAAUCCAGUUCAAUGAUCUUCAGUCUCUACUAUGUGCUACUCUACAGAAUGUUCUCCGGAAAGUGCAGCACCAGGAUGCUUUGCAGAUCUCUGAUGUGGUUAUGGCAUCUCUGUUGAGAAUGUUCCAGAGCACGGCUGGAUCAGGGGGAGUGCAAGAGGAUGCCCUCAUGGCAGUCAGCACCCUGGUGGAAGUCUUGGGUGGAGAGUUUCUGAAGUAUAUGGACGCCUUCAAACCCUUCCUGGGCAUUGGACUGAAGAACUAUGCAGAAUACCAGGUUUGUCUGGCUGCAGUAGGCCUAGUUGGAGACUUAUGUAGAGCCCUGCAGUCCAACAUCUUGCCUUUCUGCGACGAGGUUAUGCAGCUGCUCUUGGAGAACUUGGGGAAUGAGAAUGUCCAUAGGUCUGUGAAGCCUCAGAUUCUCUCUGUGUUUGGUGAUAUUGCCCUGGCCAUCGGAGGAGAGUUUAAAAAAUAUCUAGAGGUUGUAUUGAAUACUCUCCAGCAGGCCUCGCAAGCCCAGGUCGAUAAGUCUGACUAUGACAUGGUGGACUACCUGAAUGAGCUGAGGGAGGGCUGUCUGGAAGCUUACACUGGCAUCAUUCAGGGACUGAAGGGAGACCAAGAAAAUGUGCAUCCGGAUGUGAUGCUGGUGCAGCCCAGAGUAGAAUUUAUUCUGUCUUUCAUCGACCACAUUGCUGGAGAUGAGGAUCACACAGAUGGAGUAGUAGCUUGUGCUGCUGGGCUGAUAGGGGAUUUGUGUACAGCAUUUGGAAAGGAUGUACUGAAAUUAGUAGAAGCUAGACCCAUGAUACAUGAACUUCUAACUGAAGGAAGAAGAUCCAAGACAAACAAAACAAAAACCCUUGCUACCUGGGCAACUAAAGAACUGAGAAAACUGAAGAAUCAAGCUUGAUCUGUUACCAUUGGGAUGACACCCGAGACCCCCACUGGAAAUCUCCACUCUUUUGAAAAAACCCGGAAGUGAGGAGUGUGCACGGAUGCUGAAUGUUUGGGAAUGAGAGGAUGAGUGAGUGAGGCUUGAAACACACCACAUUGAAAAUCCCGGCACAGCAACAACAGCAGCAGCGCUGUUAGUGAGCUGAGCACUGACUUGCGUAGAAAACCUGACAUCGGCCGUCUUCAGGAAGAGGGAACGACUGGUUUCUAUCAAAAAUAAGCAGUCUCUUCUUCCGACAGAGACUAGAACUAGCUUUUCUGUCUUUUGGCCAGUGCGAAGCGGAAUGACUAGUUUGGGAGAGAGGAAACUAGGUUCACCUGUGGUGCUCUUUGUUUGAGGUCUGGCUUUUGCUGCUGAAGAGAGAUGGAGUCUGGGUCUCUGGCCCGCCUUCUGUAACCUUUGCCACACAAUGCUGUCAGUGCAUGGGAUAAAAGGAGGGGUGAAGGAUUUUCAGUCUAAGAGUGAGUGUGUGUGAAUGAGGCGGUAUCCACAUUCUCAACUUCAAGUCAUUGCAGUUUAUCUUUUCCCAAAAAAGGGUUAGCAGUUGCAUUUCAUAAACUAACCGAAGUUCAGUCUACUGAUGCAGCAUAAGAGAUGUAAAAAGAAAAGAGAAAAAAAGGAAAGUCGCUCUUUAGGGCUUUUUAUUUUAGGGAAACACUGACGAAUGUUCAGAGCUCCCGUUCUGAGUGACGCUUUUCAUGAUCUUGUUUCAUCAAAGCGCCUUUCCUUCCUUAAUAUUGUUCAACUGUGAAUGUAGAAAUGGGGGAGGGGGGAGAAACUCUUGCGUUAGAGGGAUUAGAAACAAACUGUCAAACAAGAUUUCAGACUUAAACAAAAAAAACCCAUAAAUGUAAGUGCUCAGAAUUGGCAAUGAGAAUGCAAAGGGAAAGAUCUCUCCUGACUUGUACUGUAGCAGCCCGAACACCCACUAAAUUGUGCCAAAGAGUUUAAAAACAAUAAAGUAAAACUUCAGGUAAUAUUUUGGAUUGCAAAAUGAGGAUAAAUUCAAUGUUCAAACAAAAUCUGAUAAAAUGCCAUUUGGAAACUG